GCUCGCGCAUGCUUUUUAUUUCAACACUGCAAGUAUAGAUACCAAAAUCGACGCCUUCUGCAAUGAUGAAAGAAUUGCAGAAGAAGGACAUGUAAUAGAAGCCAUGAUAAACGCGAACGUGAACCUACGCUGUCUAAUGGCCAACCAAGUCAUAUUUUCAUCACCUUUCGGUAUAUCAGCAGGAAGAUGGCCAGGAGCCGCCAGAGAUGUUUACACGCAUCUGAUCAAGAAGAGUUUUGCAAAAGACGGUGUGAAACAUGAGACCGAAUACAUGGUCUCCAUGGAGUAUGUCCGUCAGUUCUUCUGCGACGAGUUCUGGGAAGGCCGAGAAAUGAGAUAUGAGACGAUACCGCUGUCAAACUUCGCAGUGGUAGGUGUCCGGCUGCUCUUCAGCAGUAGUCGCAAUAACUUUGAUUCAUCCGAAAGCCCGACUGUAGACAAGCACGAUGAUCACAAUGUAGGCGAGUUUCUACCAAACCUGAUGGAACCAGCGAUUGUCUACAGACACGAGGCUUUUACUUUUGCAGAGGAAAAGAUUGAGGGAGAGAAUAAAGGGAACAGGAUGAAAGCGUUGAUUUUUGGUGUGCCGAAGAAAGUGGCGAUAGUUGGAUCGAGAAAUACGGCGGAUGGAGAGUCUGAUAGUUCUAGUUCAUCAUCGGGCUCGGAAGAAGCUUAGAAUGUUUGGGAGGAUAUAGAUGCAGGAGAGGAAGACCAAGUUGGAAGACACAAGGGAGGGGAGAGAAGAAUGAUAGGAAGAGGGAACAGAGACUGAGGGACAACUUAUAUCAAUCGUAUAAGGAGUCGAACAGAUGGGUCUGGCGAGAUAUGUAUCAUCGAUCGACACA